GCCGGCCUCAGCAUGAACCGCGGCCACCGGCACGGGGCGGGCAGCGGCUGCCUGGGCACCAUGGAGGUGAAGAGCAAGUUUGGCGCCGAGUUCCGUCGCUUUUCACUGGAGCGGUCCAAGCCUGGCAAAUUUGAGGAGUUCUACGGCUUGUUGCAGCACGUGCACAAGAUCCCCAACGUGGAGGUGCUGGUGGGCUACGCUGACAUCCAUGGCGAUCUGCUGCCCAUCAACAACGAUGACAACUACCACAAGGCUGUUUCCACGGCCUGCCCGCUGCUGAGGAUCUUCAUCCAGAAAAAGGAAGAAGCAGAUUACAGUGCCUUCGGUACGGACACUCUGAUCAAGAAGAAGAAUGUUCUCACCAAUGUCUUGCGUCCUGACAACCAUAGGAAGAAGCCGCACAUAGUCAUCAGCAUGCCCCAAGAUUUCAGGCCCGUGUCUUCCAUCAUCGAUGUGGACAUUCUCCCCGAAACACACCGCAGGGUCCGGCUGUACAAGUACGGCACAGAGAAGCCCCUGGGCUUCUACAUCCGGGAUGGCUCCAGCGUGCGGGUUACGCCCCACGGCUUGGAGAAAGUUCCCGCGAUCUUCAUAUCCCGACUCGUGCCAGGCGGCCUGGCCCAAAGCACAGGGCUCCUGGCAGUGAAUGACGAAGUCUUGGAAGUAAACGGCAUAGAAGUUUCCGGAAAGAGCCUGGACCAGGUGACCGACAUGAUGAUCGCCAACAGCCGCAACCUCAUCAUCACGGUGAGACCCGCCAACCAGAGGAACAACGUGGUGCGCAACAGUCGGACUUCGGGCAGCUCCAGUCAGUCCACAGACAACAGCCUCCCCAGCUACCCGCAGCACGAGGAGCCAAGCUUUGGACCAGUGGAUGACGACAGCGAGGACGAGGACAUCAUUAUUGAGGAGGACGGGGUGCCCCAGCAGAUUCCCAAGGCCGUGCCUCACACUGAGAGCCUGGAAUCCUUAACCCAGAUCGAGCUCAGCUUCGAGUCCAGCCAGAAUGGUUUCAUUCCUGGGACUCAGGGGAGCUUAGCUAAGUCUGUGGCAGGUGGCACAAGCGUGGAAUCUGAAACACGCACCUCGGAACAGAAGCUCCUGGAAGAAGAUGGCACCAUCAUAACACUCUGAGGCUGUGUCCCCAGGAUUCCCACUGACAGGGCUGCCACGGAGGCAAGGUGCCCACUUGGCUCACAGCACACACUUAUCUGUACACAUACCUCUGCACCAGCCACCGGGAACGGGCGUGACAGCCUGGCAUAGCGAGCUUGAACCCUGAUUCCAAGGGGAGAAUGGGAGUUGUGUGUGAACCUUGGGCAGGCCCAAGGGCCCUGCAGUCUGAAACAAAGGGGUCCUUGGCUAAGAUGCUGUACUUUCUAUGUCUGCUGGGGGUGAAACUGGACUCA